AUGAAUGACAAGAAGAAAACAAAGAAAUAUGUCAAAGCGGUAGAGAGUGCCUCUACUUCCGAAGGUGAAAGUGACGUGCACACCGUGCAUGUAAUGAGCGUGGACGGGAAGUCAGGGUGUUACUGGGUCACACCAAAGUUAGAGGGUCACCCAGUCAAAAUGCAAAUAGAUACUGGAUCACAGGCAUCGCUUGUGUCUUACCAAGUCUAUAAACAGUGUUUGAGACACCUUCCAUUAAGACCGUCAGACACUGUGUUCAAAGCGUACACUGGACACAAAGUGCACAUGAAAGGAAUGACUGACAUUACUGUGCAAUGCAAGGAUCAAACUGCUAAACUUCCAGUGUAUGUCACAAAAGGGAAUUUUGCUUCCAUCAUGGGACGACUGUGGAUUAAUGCACUUCGUGUAAAUUGGCUAGAAGUUAGACAGCUGUCAGACGGUUCUUCACAACUACAAGUCAUCCUGGGCAAGAAUGAAGAGGUUUUCCGUGAGGAAUUGGGCAGCAUGAAGGACAUUACAGUGAAAUUGCACAUUAAACCAGGAAGCAAACCUGUGUUUAUGAAGGCUAGGACAGUGCCGUAUGCUAUUCGUGACAAAGUCGAGGCUGACCUGGAUGCGUUGGUCAAAAGUGGUGUUUUGGAACCAGUCACCACCAGCGAAUGGGCGACACCAAUUGUGCCGGUUCCGAAAAAGAAUGGCGGAAUUCGCACAUGUGGCGAUUUUAAAGUGACUUUGAAUCCGGUGCUUUGUGUGGAGCAGUAA